UCGUUUCUUCCCUUUCCUCCUCUUACCUUUCUUUCUAUAUUAAACGUUUUUCCGGCAAAAUGUUGUCUGAAGUUUUCGCCGCCGGUAACCAUCUCUUCCCGGAGGAAACCGGGUUUCUCGAAACCAGCGGUUUCACUCCUUGGGGCCCACAACAAACCCCGGUUCUUUUCUCAGAACAAGAACCGGUGUUUUCCUUUUCCAGCUCAGAUAACUCCACUCCCUUACCCAAACCCUCCAACGACAUCGUUAACGCGAUGGAAGAGCGUAAGCGAAGACGCAAGAUAUCCAACCGCGAAUCGGCAAGGCGUUCGCGAAUGAGAAAACAAAAGCAUUUGGAGGACAUGAGGAGCCAGUUGAACCGGCUUAAGACCGAGAACCGGGCCCUUAUGAACCGUUUACGGGCCGUGAACCUCCAUGGGAAACUCGUACGCAACGAAAACCAGCAGCUCGUGUCCGAAUCGGUCAUGUUGCAACAGAAGUUACGAGACAUACGUCACGCACUACACCUCCGGCAGCUUCACAACCAGUUACUCCAGUCUGCAUGGCCUUGCAAUAAUAACGUACCCAUGUACAAUACCUAUGAACAAAAUCCACCAUCAUUAAUCACAUAAAAAGGUUAAAAUAUAUAUAAAUAAUUGAUGAAUAAGAACCUAAUUACGUGCAUGAAAGCAAUCUCAGUAUCUAAAUAUAUAGAUCAUCAUUGUAAAUUCGAAUCACGUAGAACAAGAGGGUAAUUUGUUUUUUUUUUUUUUUUUUUUUUUGGUGAUUUCUUGAAAUGGUGAUUAUGGGUGAUCGAACGAUCAACAACGAUGGGUGUGUUUAUGUCAAAACUAGAGUGAUCAUUUUAUGAAGAUUUACUCUAUGUGUUUUGCGCAUCAGAUUAAUAAUUAAUGAAUGAACAAUUAAGUUUGCCCCU